AUGCUGGAAUACCUGAGCUACAAGAAGUUCAAAAAGUACAAGACAGAAAAGGAGGCAAAGGAGGCAGCGUCAGCAGCAGCAGUAGAAGGCGAGCGCGAACACAACAACGGGUCGCCAGCAGCAACAGCAGGAACACUCCACCCAGACUCGCGACCAUCGCCUACGCGGCGCCAGACGAGCUCGCAGUCCGUCUCGACGACAGCAAGCGCAGCGACCGGAGGCGGGCCCGCACCCCUCCUGAACCGCAAAGAUGAGGCUUUCUUCAGACGCAUCCUCGCCGAUGCCCACGAGGUCGACUCGGACGACGAGAGCGUCCGGCCCGCCCUACCCCCGCGCAGUAAGACACCAGAGUACACCUGGGAAGACUCGUCCGAGUCCCGGCGCGCCACCGCCGCCGAACCCUCGCAGACUCCCAAAAAGGCCGCCACGGUGGCGGUAGACCCCAAAGCAGACGCCGCCUCGGGUAGCUCCAAGAUCCCCAGCAGGAUCGCCUUCCUCUUCAACAAGGCCAAAGGCACCGCCGGAGACAAGGAUAAGCAACUCGCCCCGACAAAGGCCGUCCCCGCACAGGAAGCCGCCCGCGAAGAAGACGACCUCUCCCGCGUGCUCGACGACCUGAACCUCUCAGCGCGCAACAACAAGGCCGUCCCCCUAUCCGCAGAAUCCUCCGAGCUCGUCUCGAAAUUCACCCUCGUCCUAAAGGACCUCGUCAACGGCGUCCCCACCGCGGUAGACGACCUCAAAUCCCUCGUCGAGGACCGCGACGGCACCCUCGCCAAGACCUUUGACAAGCUCCCCAACAGCAUGAAGAAGCUCGUCACGCAGCUUCCCGACAAGUUCACCGCCAGCCUGGGCCCCGAGGUCCUCGCGGCCGCGGCCAAGAGCCAGGGCAUCCACCACGCAGAGUUCGCGGCCGAGGAAGGGAUCAAGGGCGCCGCGAAAAAAAUGUUCACGCCAACCAGCUUCGCGGACCUCGUCACCAAGCCCGGCGCCGUCGUGGGCAUGCUCAAGGCCAUCGUCAACGCCCUCAAGCUGCGGUGGCCUGCCUUCAUCGGCGCCAACGUCAUCUGGAGCGUGUCUAUAUUCCUUCUCCUUUUCGUAAUGUGGUACUGCCACAAGCGCGGCCGCGAAGAGCGCAUCAAGCGCGAGAACGCACCCGAGAUUGUGGACGGCAGCGGCCGCAUCGAGGAGCUCCCAGAUGACCCGGCGCUCCCGGGCCCGUCGCGCUCGCGUACAGAGCCGCUCCGGUCAGAUCGCCCGCGGAGCCAGCGCAGCGAACGCAGCCGGCGGAGCGGUAGACACAGCUCGGGAAGGACGACGCCUCAGCGACGGGCGUCGCCAGACCCCGAUUCCCCGAGGAGGACGUCGACAAGGAAGUAA